AUGGAAAAAUCCAGUGUUUCUUUGCCUCAGGAUAAGUUCACAUGUUUAAUGUGUCUGGAUCUACUGAAGGAUCCAGUGGCCAUUCCCUGUGGACACAGUUACUGUAAGAGCUGUAUUUCAGGCUACUGGGAUCAGGAUGAGCAGAAGGGAGUCUACAGCUGCCCUCAGUGCAGACAGACCUUCACCCCAAGACCUGCUUUAGGUAAAAACCUCAUGCUGACUGAACUGGUGGAGAAUUUCAGGAAGAGAAAACUUCAAGCUGCUCGUCCUGCUCAGUGCUACUCUGAAUCUGUAGAUGUGGAGUGUGAUGUUUGUACUGGGAGAAAAUAUAAAGCUGUGAAGUCCUGUCUGGUGUGUCUGGAAUCUUACUGUCAGCUUCACUUUGAUCGUCAUGAGGAAUUUCACUCUAGAAAGCGACACAAAGUGACUGAUGCCACUGGACGACUGCAGGAGAUGAUCUGCCCUCAACAUGACAGACUGCUAGAAAUGUACUGCAGAACUGACCAGUGCUGUAUUUGCAUGCUGUGCUUGAUGAAUGAACACAAGACCCAUGAAACUGUAUUACCAGCUGAAGAGAGAGCAGAGAAACAGAAACAUUUUAAAGAGACACUUCAGCAGAGAAUGGAGGAGGGACAGAAGGAGCGUGAGGAGCUGAGAGCGGCUGUAGAGACUCACAAGCGCUCUGCACGGGCAGCAGUGGACAACGCUGAGAGAAUCUUUACUGAGCUCAUACACUCCAAUAAGAGAACCCAGUCCGAGGUGACACAGCUGAUCAGAAAUCAGGAAAAGAUUUUAGUAAGUGGAGCUGAAGGACGACUGGAGCGACUGGAGCAGGAGAUGAAUGAUCUGAGGAGGGGAAACACUGAGCUGGAUCAGCUUUCAUGCACAAAUAAUCAUAUCCGUUUCCUCCAGAUUUUCCAGUCUCUCACUGUUCCUCCUGGAUCUACAGACUCAUCCAGCAUCAGUUCUGGUCCCUGUUUUGAUGAUUUGGUAACAGUUGUCUCCGAGUUGAAAGAGAAACUGCAGCAGACUGUAAAAAAAUCGAAACAAAUCAUGCAUCGAAAAGUAAGAUACAUCAACGUGAUUUCCACACCAGAAUACAAGAGCAGGAAUGAGUUCCUACAAUAUUACCAGCGCUUGACAUUGGACUCAGACACAGCUUAUGAAUGUCUGAGGCUAUCUGAUGGGAACAGAAUGGUGACUAGGAUGAAGAAACCACUGCACUAUCUUGAUCAUCCAGACAGAUUUGAUAGUUUUGCUCAGGUAUUGUGUAAAGAUAGUGUGUCUGGAUGCUGUUACUGGGAGUUUGAGAGGAGCAGAAACGGAAUGUGUGUAUCGGUGUCAUACAAAACCAUCAGCAGGAAAGGACUGGGAAGUGAGUGCAGUUUUGGAUAUAAUGAUCAGUCCUGGAGUUUGUACUGCUCUGACACCAAAUGUUUAUUCAGGUACAAUAGUGAAGAGUCUAAACUCAGAGUAGUGUCCAGCUUGUCUAGAAUAGGUGUGUAUGUAGACCACAGUGCAGGAACUCUGUCCUUCUACAGUGUCUCUGACACAAUGAGCCUCAUUUACAGAGUCCACACCACAUUCACUCAGCCGCUCUACCCUGGGUUUGAGGUUUACAGUUUUUCACGUGUAAAAUUGUGUGAUCCACCUACCCUGGGUUUGGCAGUUACAGAGACUGACAAGUAACAUUAUGUAAUUAAGCAUAACAGACAAGCAAAUUCAGUGCUUUUCCACUAGAGCUGCAUGAUUUAUUGUCAAAAUAUUAAUAAUAUCUCAAAAGCCCAUGUGGUCUUGUCCCUAAAAGACAAGUAUGAUCACAAUGUACAUUUAGACUCCGAGAGGGCAAUCAUCAUGCAUAGCUAUGUAAAAUUAGUUUUAGUCUUCAACUGUUUAGUUUAGUCUUUAAUUAGUCCUAUACUGUAUUGUUUAUUUUCUUUUACAAAUGUUAAAAUGAUCAUAGAAUUGCUGGGAUAAUAGUUUACAUUUUGAAUAUAAAUAUUGAUAUCUACCCUAGCAUUCAAACUAGAACUUAAAAAAAUUUCAAAACGUCAAAAAAUGCUGUGUUCAGGGUUGAACCAACGCGGUUCUUUCAUGUUGUCCCAAAGCAAAGCAAAAAUACUGAAUGUCCCAGCAAGUGAGAUCUCUAUUAAUGUGUCACUGAAUCAUUCAUUCAAACUAGGCUUUAUUUUAUUUUACAUUUUAUUCAUAUUAUUAUAGAUUUUUUAAAGGUGCCAUGUAAUGAAAUUCUGGAUAUAUCUAGGAAUAGCUGAUUAAUAAGAGUUCAGGACAUGGAAAUGGCCAUACUGUGAGCCUCAAGCACCAUUGUUUCAUCAUUCUUAUUAAUUAGCACUGGCUCCGGCUCAAUUCUUGUUGAACCCUAGAAAGUAGGGUAUUUUAUUCACUUUAAAUAAAGUGAUUCUCUUUAACGUAGUUCAUGCAGACUCAUUCAUAAGUUAGUUGCGGCAAAAAUUAAUCUUCUGAAUUAGCGAUUAUUACUUAUCUAGUUAACGUUAGCUUGUUUACAAUAGCUUGUUGCAUAGUGCACUACAACUAACACUCCAAAGCUGUUUCCUAUGCAGUGUUUUAUUUGUGACGACUUGGCAUAACUUAACUUAUUAACUUAACUCAACAUUAAAGGCCACCGCAUCCAUGUUGAAAAGUAAUUACAAUACAUUCAGUUAAAUAGACUUAAGCAUUCAUUUAGUUGUUCAAGCGUAAAACGAUAUGAAAGACUGUGUAUCCGCUAGGGCCGUCAGGAUCAGCAGGCGAGCGCAGAAACUCCAUUGAAAAUACUGGGGUAAAUUAAACUGUCAUAUUUUAAAGACACGGCAGGGGGAAAUGGAAUUUAUUGCAGUGCUUUUUGUCCAGUCUGAGACCCACAUUACAUCAUACUGUAUGUCUAUAAGGCAGUGAAGAUUCUUGAUUUUUAAAGAAAUCAGAUCUUAAAUGUGGCAAUUUUAUAAUGGAAAGACAGUUCAUCAGAAGCGCUGAGGCUGGCUGCAUGUAAUUAAAAGUCAGUGUGCAUAUACCAUAUUA